AUGCUACUACUAGGCCUUACUGGUAGCAUAGCGACUGGCAAGUCAACCGUAUCAAGCUUACUCUCAUCACCACCGUACAACCUCCCAGUCGUUGAUGCAGACAAGAUCGCUCGCCAGGUCGUCGAGCCAGGUACAGCGGGCUAUAAAGCUAUAGUAUCGCAUUUCGGUCCAAGCACGCCUGAUCUACUACUUCCAGCAACAUCGGAGAAUGGCGGCGAGGCAGGUCCGAGGAGCAAGGGCCGAUUUUUGAAUCGUCCUGCGUUGGGAAGACGAGUCUUUGGUGAGGGAGGGGAGAAGGAGAGGAAGGCGCUGAAUGGGAUUGUGCAUCCGGCCGUGAGAAAGGAAAUGUAUCGGCAGAUGAUCAUGGCGUAUCUGAAGGGCAAUUGGGCUGUCGUUCUCGAUGUUCCCCUGCUUUUUGAGAGUGGAUGGGAGCCGCUUUGUGGUACGAUCAUGGUUGUUGCAGUACGUGAUCCGAAGGUGCAAAUACAGCGGUUACGAGAACGAGAUGCACAUCUCACGGCAGAGGAUGCACAGAACAGAGUCAAUGCUCAAUGGGAUGUCCGGGACAAGGCUGAACGGUGUUUGAGGAGAGGGGAGGGGGCUGGAGUAGUGGUAUGGAAUGACGGCGACAAGGACGACUUGAAGCGAGAGAUCGACAGGGUCAUGAGUGUGGUCAGUCGAGGUCAUCCGCAGUGGUGGGCGUGGUUGCUAUUGCUCUGCCCGCCUCUGGCAGCUGCAAGUGGCACGUGGAGCUACGUACGCAGCUGGUGGAUCAAGCGGCAAUGGGAACAGGAGAAGAAGCUUGAGAAGGCGAAACUAUAG